AUGAAUACGAAUCCGGUGGAUGGUGAGCGGCGAGACGUGAAGUGGACGAGGUCUCCAACCUGUUGUUCUUGGGCUCGAAGCGCUAGCACUGCCAGGAGCUUGAGUGGAACAGCCCGGAAUGUGCAGAAACAAUAUGUUAUGCACAGCAACAAGGGCAUUUUGAUUGGCCUUUCGCACCGCGCGGAGGGAUGCAAGCCAAGCUUUCGUGGUCGUGCAAUGCGAAGACGAGCGUCUGUUCAUGAGAGCAUUGGCAAUAUUCUCCAAAUGCUUGGAUGCUUAAGAACUGAGAGCAGAUAUUCCUUGGUUGCCCCAAAAUGGCUUGAUUUCACAUUUGAGCAGCAAAUUUCCUGCCCAAUUAAGGCAAAACCAAAUGUUUCUCGACUAGUUAUUAUGAACCGACAAGUUUGGUCGCAUGGAAAACAAUCAGCAGGUGUUACAACGGAGGCUGUUUUACUUGACAAAAGCAGAGGCAAUGGCAAAUGCCUAUCCCAUAAGACAUUCGCCUCCUCUCUUCUCCCCUUCCCCAUCAACCUCCCCAUCCUCCGGCACAUCCGUUUAAGGAAGGCAUUUCCCCCCAUUAUCUCCUCCCACUCCUCCACCGUCUGGGGCACCUGCUCCCCCUGCUCCACCCCCUGCUCCACUGACACCAGUGGCAUAUCAACCACUGGCGCAGGCGCCCCCACAACCUCCUCCACCAACCCCUCCACCAUCAAACCCUCCCCAGCCAACCCCUCCACCACAGUGCCCCCGGAGCUCAACACCCCCAAAACCCCCACAUCUUCUUCUUCAACCACCCCCUCCUCUUCCUCUUCCACCUCCGCCCUGGGAAGAACGCGCAUCACCACUGCCUCCAUAACCUGCAUCCCCACAGGCUCAACUGCCGCCCGGUGCUGGGACCACAGGGCAUUUGCCCCUGCCCUACCUGCCCUACCCCGAGCGGGCAGCAUCGCCAGGCGAGGUGCGUCCAAUCGCUUUACCAAGUGA